AUGAAUAUGAACAGACCACAGUUGAGUACGGAGUUAAGUGAGAAUAAGUUUUUAGGAUUGAAGAAACCAGAUCAAAAAGGUAUGAGACCACAAGAUACCAUUGCUGUUGUUACUGAUAGUGAAUCAGAAGAUGACUUCAGGAAGAAGCCUUUUUUUAGGGUUCCCUCCCCUGGCAAGACUGCAAAGCGGACUAAGCGUGGGUCACAAUCAUCGGCUUAUAGUACACCACCAUCUCCUGGAUCAUUCCAUCCUCCUCAUCAUUCUGGUAGACGCUUGUCAAGCGAGGAGAUUAUCAAUCAAAUGGAAAAAGAACAAGAUGCGAUGGUGAUGAGACUGUUGAAAGAGAUAGAUUUGUUGAGAGAGGAGAACGUACGGUUGAGGCGGUCUUUGAACCAAUUGUCAAGUAAUCUGCAUAAUUCGGACGUUUCAAUGAGUCUCGACCCAGUGUCGGCAUCCAGACCGAAUUCCUCGAGCUCUUCGUCCUUAAGUCAGUUACAAUUGUCGUCACAACAACAGUCGACGUCAGGCUUACUGGGCGUUGGAAUGGGUAACAUAACAGGUACUUCUAGUGCGGCAAAUUCAAGACGACCAUCUUCGUCAUCACAACUGCUGGAUAACUUAACACCAGAAUUGCAACGGAAACGUAACUCAGUUACAAAAAACGAAAUUGAUUUCAUGGAAGGUUACUCCCCCACUUUGAGAACUGGCAGCACAAUGUUAACUCCGAAUUUAUCUACAGGUAUCGAAUCUUUACCACGCAGAGCAUCCUCUAUUAUGUGUGGUUCAAGAAGGAGACGAUCAUCUGGCAGACCUAUGGAAGAGUCAGAUACAAUGUCGUUGUCUCCCUCUUCUGUUAGCAAGAUACCGAAAAGAGCAGGCUCUCCUACAACUUCAGUUACCGUUGCAAGAUGA